GUUGCCAUGGAGUCCGUUCGUACAGCUCCACCUCUUGGCUCUGACGAAGCAGUGUGCAGCCGUCAGUCCUGUCGGAAUGCGAAGAGCGAAGGAAAACAGUUUACACAGAUGAGGUUUUGUGAUAACACGGGGGAAAGCUAUUUAUUUAAGCACUCUCUGUUGGUCCUGACAGUUCGUGCGAUGCGGUGUCUUGUUCGUAGUGUUGCUUGUAAAGGGUAAAGUAAAGUAGCUAGUUUGCUAGCUUAGCGUUAGCCAGCUUCAGUAGGCUGGAAUAGUCAUUUGGCUACUUCCCCUUGAAUAAGCCAGUUUGUGAUGGGUACGUUCCUGACCCUAAAGAAGCACCCAAGACUAAGCAGUCAUGACACAGAAGGUCAAUCUGUGUUCAGUCGCCCUCGGAGUGGAGGGUAUGACUUGUGGCUCCUGUGUCCAAUCCAUAGAGCAGCGCAUCAGUUCACUCCCUGGAGUGAUAUGCAUAAAGGUGUCUUUAGAGCAUAAGAACGUCACUGUCAUAUUUGACCACAACCAACAGAGCCCAGAGUCUCUGUCAGAGGCCAUUGAGGACAUGGGCUUUGAAUCAGGUCUGUCAGAGUCCAGCACUGCCACACCAGUCUCUACAGAUACCCAGCUGAUCCCCACCUCAGGCCUGACAUCUGCAGCCCAACAAGAGGCUUUGGAGAAGCUAUCCCAGGUUCAGGGAGUGCUGGAUGUCAGAGAGGGCCUGGCACAUAUGGGCCUAACCGUCAGCUUUGUUCCUUCCCUGACCUCUGUGCAGCAGCUGAGUGAGGUGGUAGCCAGUGUAAUGCCUCUGGAGAACCACACACCCAGCAGCCCUGUUCAAAAAAGUCCAGCCUUAUCUCCAUCUCGCAGCACAGUAGGAGAGGUGGCACUCCUGAAGAUGUGCAUUGAAGGGAUGACCUGUCACUCUUGCAUCACUACUAUUGAAGGGAAGAUUGGGAAGCUGAAAGGGAUUAAAAAGAUCAAAGUUGUUUUAGCGUCUCAGGAAGCUACAAUUGUGUACCUGCCUUACCUCAUCAGUGUCCAAACAAUCAUGGACCAGAUUGCUGUAGCUGGCUUCAAGGCUUCUGUCAAGACCAAGCCCCGCCCUCUGCAGCUGUCACCCAGCGAAAUCGAACGUUUUGUUGAUUCUCAAAAACCAACUGUUUCUUCAUCAUCAGAGACUUCUGAGGAGACAGAAGUCUUCAUAGACACAACACCUGUCACACUCAGGGUGAAAGGCAUGCACUGCCAUUCUUGCGUGGUCAACAUCCAAGACAACAUCUCCAUGCUGCCUGGUGUCUCCUCUGUGGAGGUCUCUUUGGAGAAGGAGAUGGCCUCUAUCUGCUAUAAUCCUCUACAGGUCACAGUGCCUCAUCUGCAGCAGGCAAUUGAGGCGUUGCCUCCAGGGAACUUCAAAACUCAGUCCUGGGACUCCUUUGACCCUCUCAGUCAUCUAUCCUCACCCACUCUCAUGUUAUCACCUCUGCCUACAGGAUCAACCCAGGCCAAACCUGCCUCCAAACCUUGUUUUACCCAGCCUUUGGCAUCUGUAGCUAACAUUCACAUUGAGGGCAUGACAUGCAAUUCCUGCGUCCAAUCCAUAGAAAGCAUGAUUUCCCAAAGGAAGGGGGUGGUUUCAGCUCAGGUCUCUCUGGCUGAUCACCAGGGGAUCUUUGAGUAUGAUCCCCUAUUGACCACACCGGAAGAGCUGAGGGAGGCCAUAGAGGAUAUGGGCUUUGAUGCCUUCCUACCCGAGACCAAUUCUCUACUGCCCACACCUGAUCCCAGUCUAUCAAAGUCUUUGAGUCUAGCACCUGUGAAAGAUAAGGAGCUGGACAGUGACCUACACACAGAAACGUCCCAGGGACGCAACCGAGACACACGCUCAAAAUGCUACAUUAAGAUUGGAGGGAUGACCUGCACUUCCUGUGUGGCAAACAUUGAGCGAAACCUUAAAAAUGAACCUGGCAUCUACUCUGUUCUGGUAGCGCUCAUGGCCAGUAAAGCAGAGGUGCAUUAUAAUCCUGAAGUUACUGACCCUGUGAAGAUAGCUGAGUGUAUAAAAGAGCUGGGGUUCACUGCCUCUGUGAUGGAGAACUAUGAAGGUUCAGAUGGAAACCUAGAACUGGUGGUCAGGGGAAUGACGUGUGCCUCUUGUGUUCAUAAAAUUGAAUCCAGCCUUAUGAGAGAAAAGGGGAUUUUAUAUGCCUCUGUUGCCUUGGCAACCAACAAAGCACACAUUAAGUUCGACUCAGAAAUCAUAGGGUCACGAGACAUCAUUAAGCUGAUCAAGGAUCUGGGGUUUGAAGCAUCUUUGGUAAAGAGGGAUCGCACUGCCAGCCACCUGGACCACAGUAAAGAAAUACGACAGUGGAGAAAAUCUUUCUUGGUGAGCUUGAUUUUCUGCGUGCCCGUAAUGGGCAUGAUGAUCUACAUGAUGGUCAUGGACCACCACAUGAAUGUUUCACAUCAUCACAACUUCACCAUGGAGGAUCGCAACCAUUACCACUCCAACAUGUUCCUGGAAAAACAGCUGCUUCCAGGCCUCUCCAUUAUGAACCUCCUCUCCUUCAUCUUUUGUGUGCCUGUACAGUUGAUUGGUGGUCGUUACUUCUACAUUCAAGCCUAUAAAGCAGUCAAACACCGAUCUGCCAACAUGGAUGUCCUAAUAGUCCUGGCUACUUCCAUAGCCUUCACCUACUCAGUGGUUGUCCUGAUGGUGGCCAUGGUGGAGAAGGCAAAAGUCAACCCCAUCACCUUCUUCGACACACCACCUAUGCUCUUUGUCUUCAUCGCUCUGGGACGCUGGCUGGAACAGAUAGCUAAGAGCAAGACAUCAGAGGCUUUGUCCAAACUAAUGUCUCUACAAGCCACUGAGGCCACAGUGGUUACUCUGGGCAGUGACAUGUCUGUUGUCAGUGAGGAGCAGGUGGAUGUUGAGCUGGUGCAGAGGGGUGAUGUGGUAAAAGUCGUUCCAGGAGGGAAGUUUCCAGUAGAUGGGAGGGUCAUUGAAGGACACUCCAUGGCUGAUGAGUCUCUCAUCACAGGUGAGGCCAUGCCAGUGACUAAGAAACCCGGGAGCUCUGUGAUUGCAGGCUCCAUUAACCAGAAUGGCUCUCUGCUUGUCAGUGCUACACAUGUUGGCAUGGACACAACGCUGUCUCAGAUUGUCAAACUAGUGGAGGAGGCUCAAACUUCAAAGGCUCCCAUUCAGCAAUAUGCAGAUAAAAUCAGCGGCUACUUUGUACCCUUCAUUGUUGGCAUAUCCAUCCUUACACUUGUCGCCUGGAUUGUCAUUGGACUUGUUGACUUUCCUCUAGUGGAGAAGUACUUUCCUGGCUAUGACAAGAGCAUUUCCAGGACUGAGGCAGUGAUUCGUUUCGCCUUCCAGGCCUCCAUAACUGUGUUAUGCAUCGCCUGUCCCUGUUCCCUUGGCUUGGCAACCCCGACAGCUGUCAUGGUGGGCACGGGGGUUGGAGCCCAAAAUGGUAUCCUGAUAAAGGGAGGAGAGCCGCUUGAGAUGGCACAUAAGGUCCAGACUGUGGUAUUUGAUAAGACAGGGACCAUCACAUAUGGUGCUCCAAAGGUUGUCCAAGUCAAGCUAGUUGUGGAGGGAAACAAGAUGCCUCGUUCCCGACUGCUAGCCAUUGUGGGUACCGCUGAGAACAACAGUGAACACCCUCUAGGAGCAGCAAUCACUAAAUACUGCAAACAGGAGCUUGGCACAGAGUCUCUUGGCACAUGCACAGACUUUCAGGCAGUGCCGGGCUGUGGCAUCCGCUGUCAGGUCAGCAAUAUAGAGUCCUUGCUGAAACAGACUGAUAGUGACAGCGAGGACAACAACCAGCGCAACAGCGUCCUUGUGCAGAUCAGUAACACCAAGAUAACCACUAGCACCCAUCCACUCAUCAUGGACCCACAGCCACCAAGCCUCAUCCCCACAACCACCUAUGUUGUCCUGAUUGGCAACAGAGAGUGGAUGAGCAGGUACUGCCUACAGAUCAGACGUGAUACAGAGGAGGCCAUGACUGAGCAUGAGCGCAGAGGCCGCACUGCUGUUCUAGUAGCUGUGGACAACAUGCUGUGUGCGAUGAUAGCCAUAGCAGACGCAGUGAAACCAGAGGCUGAGCUGGCUGUGCACACUCUGACCCACAUGGGUCUGGAAGUUGUGUUGAUGACCGGAGACAACAGCAAGACUGCACGAGCCAUUGCUGCUCAGGUGGGUAUCAGGAAGGUGUUUGCGGAGGUGCUUCCUUCCCACAAGGUGGCCAUGGUGGAACAGUUACAGCAGGCAGGAAAGAGAGUAGCCAUGGUGGGUGAUGGUGUAAACGACUCCCCUGCUCUGGCCAUGGCUGACGUGGGCAUCGCCAUAGGAACCGGCACAGAUGUUGCCAUAGAGGCAGCAGAUGUGGUGUUGAUCAGGAACGACCUCCUGGAUGUGGUGGGCAGUAUUGACCUCUCUAAGAAGACCGUCAAGAGGAUUAGGAUCAACUUUGUCUUUGCUUUAGUCUACAACCUCGUUGGCAUUCCAAUCGCUGCUGGUGUUUUCCUUCCCAUUGGUCUGGUGUUGCAGCCAUGGAUGGGCUCCGCUGCAAUGGCACUGUCAUCUGUUUCUGUGGUUUUGUCCUCUCUUCUACUUAAAUGUUACACUAAGCCCAGUGCUGAGAUGCUGGAGGCUCAACUGGGGAGCAGCAGGCAGCAGGGCAGCCUGUCCAAUGUCAGCGUCCACAUCGGCAUGGGUGAGAUGCGUCGUCCCUCCCCCAGACUCAGCCUGCUGGACCGUUUUGUCAACUACAGCCGAGCCUCGAUCAACUCCUUACGCUCAGACAGGCACUCGCUCAACAGCUUGGCGCUCAGUGAGCCCGAUAAACAUUCACUGCUGGUGGGGGAGGCGCUGGGCGAGGAGGAGUUUUGCUGAACAUGGCCCAGCAAAGACUUUUGUAUGCUGAAAUAGACUACAGCUACAUUUAUUCAAGGCUAGACCACACUAAGUUUAAAGGGUUAUACUAAAUAUUCUGUCCAUCGACUGUAGGUGCCUUAGGGCAGCACUGUUGACUUGAAGAGAGCUUGUAUGAACCUUGUUUCCUUUAAGCUCAACCUGCAGAUCAUAUCCAUUUCAGAACAUGUUGGGUUGAGUUCCUCUUGUUCAUUGACAGACUGCCUUUUGUCACUAGUUCUUGAGGUCUCUGCCCUUGGGUACACUCUUUGACCAACCCUUUGACACUUCGCUCUUCUGAUGCUGUCUGUCUGCAGAUGUGUGAACAUUUAUGAGCAGGUGUUUGCUUUUAGGAAGCAGAGCUGAGAUCAGCUCUGCCAUUGUGGUCAUUUGCCAGUACAAUCUUUAACAUCUAUCCAAAGACAUUUUAACAGUAGUGCCCCUUGUAAGAGUUGACACUACAGUUAUUUUAAUAUUUCUUCCUUAAAUGACAAAUUAUUUUAACAUUGUUUAAAUCUAGAGUAUUUAUUUUAUCUGUAUUUAUCUUUGUUUUUAUUAUGUCUUAUGUGAAAAAAUUGUUUAAUCCAAAUAUACAUUUUUAUUUUCCAAAAUGUGUAAUUAGUGAACACAGUAAGACAAAAACUUGUUCAGUUUUGUAGUUUGCGACAAACUCAUUUUUAUGUAGAGCAUAAAUGGAUUGAGGAGUAAUUGUUGCUGUGAUCCAAGUGUCAAUUGAAAAGCCACCUUGGCAAAAUCCAUCACAUCCCAAAGAUAGCACUGUGCAGAAGUUACCUCAGACUUAAUAUGUACAAAGUGUGGACCGAGAUGUGGUCAGCAGAGCAGAGACCUGAAUAAGGCAGACUGUGCCAGGUGAUGCCAGGAGUCUAGUCUGGAUUCUUCUGCUUCUGUCAACCCUCUGCAUCUUUGGUCAUUGAUACUGGGUGUGUGCCAGUGAAUGUGAACAUUAUUCACUGCUAGGUUUAAACACAAGUUGAUACAUGAAUGUCACUGUUUGCUUGUUGCAAAGGUGCGUGUUAUAAAAAGGCCAAAUUGUAUCUUCACAAUAGGAAAUAUAGUGUUACUGCUUCUAGGAGUUUCAUUCAGUGAUAGAGCUUUGUUUAUGUAUCUGCUUUUUUUUUUAUACAAUAAUUAUGAUUAACGCUGGUGCGCUUGAUCAAAGAAACAUCUUUCUACCCAGGGUACCAGGACACAGCAGCAGGAUCAGCAACUAAACACAUCUGUGUCUCAACACACAAAUGGAUAUAUGAAGUAGACUGUUGCAUUAAAUCACACUGUAUAAGUUGUCAAAUUCGGACCACAGCAGUUACAUCUUGCAGUAGUAUCCUGUGUAUCCUGUCUGUGCUUUAGAUUACAUUGAAGUGAUUACAGAGACAUUUUCUGACUCUACUUUACUAUCUGCUGUGUCAAAUUAGUAGAAAAUCACUACAGCUAAACGUCUCCAGUGUUUGUUUCUGGUGGUUAAAAAGUCCAUCAGUUUAUCCUGCUGCCUCCCAUGAUGCAUUCUGUUAUGUAUCUGUCACAGCUUCCUGACUGCAGUUAUGCCAGUCUGUUGUUUUGUGCAUUGCAUUGCCAUGAUGUCCAUCUGUGUGCAGUGCUGUAAAUUAAGCAAGUUGGUGUCUGCAGUUCAUAAUUCCUCAGAACAUUAUGUGCCUUUGAAUAAAAUGCCUUUGUAAUGUCACUUGGCUAUGUCCAAUUUAACCCAGAAGGUGGUGCUGUGGAGCCACGUGGUCAUCGUCACAAACAACACAUACAAGAUUUUCAUUCUCUUUAUUUUAUCCGGUUAGUCUAAACAUUACAUCACCUUAGCACCACAGAAAAAUCAAACAACAAUGUUGUCAUCUUUUUAAAAAUAUUCAUUUCAAUUAAUGCUAACUGUAAAUAAAUUUUCCUCGAGUUGAUUUGUAUCGCUUUGGCUGUACAUGGGCAUUUUUGGUAGAAAGAAUGACUUUUCAUUAUAUGCAGUCAGAGGUAAGUGGACGCUCAGUAAUGUCUAACAGAGGGCAGGUUUAGUAUUGAUUGGCUUUUCUUACUCCACUGAUUGGGGAUCUGCUGAAAAGCACUGUAGUCAGGAAAAUAAACGGGUUUUAAAAAUAAGCAACAUCUGAAACAUUUGUUACAACGUUGUUCUUCCCUGGACUAAGACACUGAACAGCUGUAGAAUGCUACAUUCAGUUACCAUGAACAUUAGAAUAACAAACUUCACGUCAAACCAGCUAGGGAACAGCUCUGACUCAGACAAUCUGAAAUAAAGUUAGGUUCACAGCGAUAUAUGUAAGUAGACUUACAGUAUAUUAAACACUAAACACCUUACAGGAAGUUCUACUCCAUGAUGAGCCAAAGAUGUCAUGAAAUCAAAUCAAUAUUCACAAACAUUUGAUAUAUUCAUAUUUAAAAUGUAAACAUUUGCAUUGCACCAAAUGAUUUCAAUUGCUCAUUGGGUCCUAAAGGUGCUUUGGAAAUUUUUUAAAGUUACAAAAUGAGGAGAAAUUGUUCGAAGACUUAUUUACGGCUGUUGAGUUUUGUUGCUUCAAGUCCAUCUUUUUUUUUUUUUCAUCCCUGAUUUUAAAAUAUCCAAUGAUAAAUCUGGCAUGUUGCUGUACAGUCUCUGAUAUGAAACUGGCCUCCACUUUAGUGCAGUGAAAUACAGUAGCUAUUAAUGCAGCACACAAAGGUCACCAGUUUUAUUUACCAGCUGAAAAGUGUGGGAGCCUUUUGGAUGAAUCCAGCCUGGUACCAGGCUGAUAAAACAGUGUACACCGACUGUGUCCACACUUACCAGGCAUUAUCAUCUGAAUACUCACUGCUGCUACCUGCUUUACCUGUGGUACUGUGAGCUGAUGUAAAAUAUUUCUCUUUAACAAACGUAUAAUAAAACAAAUCAGGAGGUUCUUGCUGUUUCUUGAUUUUAUCUGGGAGUUUCCACAUUCCUCAAACUGUCCAGGAUGGGACAAUUCAGCAUGAGGUUCCAGUGGAUUUCAAUGUGAUGCUCUUUGCAAUGUCCACACAGCAGUUUCAAUAAACCUGGGUGACUGGAUUCUUCUGUAUGCCAUUCAUAUCUUGAAAAUGUCUUUGGCAUUUCCCCCAGUACUAAUGUUUGUAACUACCAUAGACCCCAAAUGCAUACAUCCAUGUACUUUAAAACCAUCACUCUGUGCAGUAAUAAUUAAACCUUUGAGGAUGCUGCAUUUACACUUUUAGUGUGGUCAAAUGAUGUGGUCAUAUUAUUCUGGAUUAUUGAGUAUUAGCGAUAGAAGAGUGUAUGUUUUGCUGAAAUGCUUAUUAACAACACCACAGUCUGUUGAGUACUACUGAAUGUAGCCAAAGUGUGACUGAACCGUACAGUGCCUUCAGUAAGUAUUCACUCCUCCACACCUUUGUUUUAGAUUGAAAUUUAAAUGGACAAAAUUGCCAUUUUUACCCAGCAAUCUAUACUCAAUAACCCAUAAGGACAAAGUGAAAAUAUGGGUUUAAAAGUGUCUGCAAAUGUUUUAAAAACCAAAAACUGAAAUCUCUCAUUUACUAAAGUUUUCAGUGGCCCUCCAACUUAUGGUCAGGUGCAUCCUCUUUACUUUAAUUAUGCUUGAGGUGUGUCUAGAACUUGACUGGAGUUCACCUGUGGUAAACCGACUUGAUUGGACUUAGUUUAGAAUCACACACCUGUAUGUAUAGUGUAAAGUCCCACAGUUUACACUGUAUGUCAGGACAAAAACCAGGCCAUGAAGUCUAAGGAAGUCUCUGUAGAUCCCUGGGAUAAACUUGUGGUGAGGCGUUGAUCAGGACGAGGGUAUAAAACUGGCCAGAAUUGAGGGAAGGGUGAUUGUAGCCAAAUCCACAGAGGCCCUAGAGUAAAACCUGCUCCAGAGCUGAACUGAGACUGUGACUUCCAUUCACACUGUCCAGCACAACAAUGACUUGAAGCCUACAGCCAAGACAUCACUGGAGUGACAUAAGGACAAGUGUCUGACCUUCCUUGAGUGGCCCAGACAAAGCUCGGACUUAAACCACAUAGAACACAUGUGACAUGAAGAUUGGUUGAACUGCCCAAAUCCAGGUAUGUGAAGCUUGUACAGAUGUACUAGGAAGACUUGAAGCUGUACUUGCUGCCAAAUGGGCUUCAACAAAGUAAUGAAUUAUGAGUCUGAAUACUUCUGUAAAUGAGAGAUUUCAACUUUUGAUUUUUAAUAUAUUUGCAAAAUGUUUUCACCUUUGUCAUCAGUUACUGAGCAUAGACUGAUGGGCAAAAUGGACAUUUUAUCUGUUUUACAACAAACAGUUCAAAAUGUGAAGGUGCCUGAAUACUCUAUGGAGUCUGUGUAUACAGAAGAGAAAACGUACAGUACGUGGUUAACUCCCAUUCUGCUCAUAUGAAGAGUGGUUUGUUCAUGCAGGUUUGGCAAGCAGAAUAAAUAGUAUAAUAAGCACUGUUUAUAUAGCACCAUGUUGACCCACCAAUGGCCGCCAUCAUCAAAGCAUCACAUUGAAUAUGAUGUAUCCCUGGAGAAACGGUUUUCAGAAUGUCACUCAUUUGGCAAAAUAAACAGAAUAAUACCAUUAAUACCAUUCUUUGAAGCAACACUGUUCAGAGGAUGAGGUUGUAAUCGUUGAUCUAAAAAACAUGAGUACCGAUUUGGCAAAUGCAUGAACUGCAGAGGUCUUUGAUUAAUCGGAUCAUAAUCAAUUAUAAUGCAGGUUUAAAAAAAAAAA